CUGCUCAUGCGCUGUUACAGCCACAGAAUCUGCGGCCUUUUCUCUUUGUCCAAGAAGCGCUGGUCAGGGACGAAUCUUACUGAGCAUUUCUGCCACAUUUAGCAUCAUUACUGACGAGGUUUAGCAAACUCUGCACCCUAAAGGGUUGACCUGGAGGCGUUGUUAGUCGAAGUACGUUAGCUACCUGUAACUGAACACCAUGAUGAGCCCGUCAGAAAUAAAACCCGAGACUGGUGUCGUUGCUAAAAAAGGCAAAGUUGAUGAAAGCAAGUAUCUACCAGAGCUUCUUGCCGAAAAAGACAGCCUUGAUUCGUCGUUCACACAUGCGAUGAAACUCAUAUCUGCAGAGAUUGAAAGGAUUCAGAAAGGAGAGACCAAGAAAGAGGCAGACAAAGAAACAUACCUCGACCUGUUCACGACGAGGAAUAUCAAGGUUAAGGAGCGGGUGCUCAUUCCUGUCAAGCAGUACCCACGGUUCAAUUUUGUAGGUAAAAUCCUGGGACCCCAAGGCAACACCAUCAAGCGUCUUCAGGAGGAGACUGGAGCUAAGAUCUCCGUGCUGGGCAAAGGCUCCAUGAGGGACAAGGCCAAGGAGGAGGAGCUUCGUAAAGGUGGGGAGGCCAAGUACGCUCACCUGGGGAUGGAGCUGCACGUGUUCAUUGAAGUGAUGGCUCCCAUCCCUGAGGCCUACGUGCGCAUGGCGCAUGCCAUGGACGAGGUCAAGAAGUUCCUGAUCCCUGAGACCUUGGAACAUGAACAGUUCAUGGACCCUAACUACCUGAAUGGAGCUCAAGAUGGAUCAGGCAGGGGCCGAGGAGCCCCAAGCAGAGGCAGGGGUGGGCCCCCACACAGCUCAGCUGGAUCCAGGGGCCGUGGGAUGCCACCUCGUGGAGGGGCCCCUCGCGGAGGAGCCCAGCGUGGAGGAGCGCUACGAGGGGGCCCAUCCAGAGGGGGGGCUGCUAGGGGAGCACCUGCGGGGCGCGGGGGACCCCCCUCAUCGUCCUCCCGAGGGGGCUCGGCUCCUCGUUCCAGGCCCCCCACACCAGGGGCCCCCCGGAUGCUGCCCCCUCCAGCCCACGCCCACCAGCAGCACCACCAGCCCCAGCAGCACCACCAGCACCCCCCUCCGCCCAAACCAGAACCCUAUGAAGAAUAUCCUGCUUACGAAGAGGCGUACGCUGAGCCUUCUUACGAGUCUUACGAUGCUUAUUACAGCCAACAGGCUCCUCAGGCGGACACGGAGUACUACGACUACGGACAUGGAGAAGCCCAGGAGACUUGUGAGCCGUACGCUCAGGAUGACUGGGAGGGCUCCUGGCCCAGCACUGGGGGCAAGGCCCCGCCCCCCAGGCAGGCUAAAGGAGCCUAUCGGGAGCACCCUUACCGCUACUGACCCUCCUCCCGAGGGGGACCUGGCAACUGACUCCCAUAGUAACCCACUUUUAACUCUUCAAAGUAAUUUUUCUCCCUUUCCAGUUUUUAUGUUUCAGGUCUCUUUUUUUUUCUGGACCAGUAGAGUUGGAGGGGUCUCAGUGACCCCUAGUCUAGUCGAGAGCGCGUGAAGGCGUUGAAAUUCAUUGUUUAUGUUAACAUUCAAUAUUUGCUUCUUUUUUUAAGCAGACAGUUUUAAAUUCACAUUUAAUGUAAUUUACUAUAUAAAGAAAGGUGAGGAAGAAAGAAAAAAAAACGUUUACUUUGUCGUUAAAUGGUGUCCGCGUUUUGAGGUUAUUUCAGCUAGUUUUAAGUCUUGAUUUCCUUUAACAAUUACAGACUCUAACCUGUAUUUCCAAAGUAUUUAGUGUAUGGGUUAAAAAUCAUUCAACACCGCGUUAAUGUUUAGUCUGCAACUAGAAUUAGACUUGAUGGAAGAGAACUGAACAAAAAGAUGUAGAAAAAAACAAACCCCAGUCAUGUUUCUUGGAUUUAGCUUAGUCAUGAAAUCUAGUCCUGUACACUGCUGAGGAGCCUGUCCUAAUAUCAUCUAAAUCAUUUCAAUUCAACGUAUUCUCUAGACACCUUUUGCGUUUGUCUUAUUUUGAUCCAUCUCUCAUUGAGCUGACAAGUAUGAUCAGAAGUGAUCUGUAUGUUUGUCUAAAGAACAAGAGCAGGGUCCUCCUUGGGGCAGGUCUGGAGAGACACAUGUCAAACACAAUAUUAUGUAUAUAGGCUUUAGCACAAUAUUGUAUAUUGCUUUAAAUCUGUGCCGUCUCCAAAAUGCAUAACGCUUGUGUUCUCUUGCCUAAAUAGGAUACUAAAUAUAUAUCCAAAAAUGUUUUGCUGCAGUGCGUUGUAUCAAUAAAGCCUAAUUUGUCUUUUUAGUGAAACCUAA